CAAGUUAAAGAACAUAUUAUGUAUUAUGUCAAAUUAUAUUUGAUAGCUCAAUUUUUUUUUACUGAUUUGCGAUGAAAACAAUCUUUAUUUCUAAUAGUGAUAUAGUGAGUGGAAGUGUUUGACUUGAAAAUAUAACAAAAGUAUCUGAAACUGAGUCAUAUCACCAAGAUAAAUUACAUUUAAUAUCAUAAAACGCUUGAUAUAGUGAUGGUACACUUUAAUAUCUUCUUGCUUCCUACUCCAUCUUCUUGUCAUGGCAAAACAUCAAACCACUUCUUUCAAUUUCCGAUCUUCUUGUUCUAUUCUUGUUUUUUUAUCAAUCUUCUCAUCAAUUCCUCUUCUCUAUUGGUCUUAUUCAAUUGGUUAUGGCUAUUGUCAUGAUCAAGUAGAAAAUAACAAAGAAAUGUUAUCAAUGGAACCAAUUAAACUCCUCAAAUUUCCAAAAGCUUGGAACCAACUUGUUUUUUCAUCAAAACAACGUCGUACUCCUCAGACAAAACUCCUUAAAAUUGGUCUCUUUGUCAGGAAAUGGCCAGAAAAGAAUCAAGCUGGAGGUAUGGAACGACACGCCUUAACACUCUAUCUUGCCUUAGCUAAACGCGGACAUGACCUUCACAUCUUCACAACUUCUUCAUCCGCGAGUAUUCCAAGUACCAUGAGUAAUCUCCAUUUUCACAUCUCAAGGCCUAUAGGUUCAGGAUAUCUAAAUCAAGUUGUUGCUUGGAAGCAAUUUUUAGAAGAAAACGCGACAAAGGCCUUUGAUGUUAUACAUUCAGAAAGUGUAGGUCUCAGACUAACAAAAUCAAGUACUUACCUGAAUAAUGUCGCGGUUAGCUGGCAUGGAAUUGCUUAUGAGACUAUACAUUCUGAUAUCAUACAAGAACUCGUAAGAAAUCCUCUAGAUUCAUCGUCACAACAAGUGAUCAGCGAUGGCAAAAUGAUGAAAGUUGUUGAAGAGGUAAAGUUCUUUCAAUACUAUGCUCACCAUGUUGCCACGAGUGAUCACGUUGGAGAUGUACUUAAAAGGAUCUAUAUGAUCCCAGAAGAGCGCGUUCAUAUCAUCUUAAAUGGAGUAGAUGAGGAAAUAUUCAAACCAGAUGUUUCAAAAGGCAAUGAUUUUCUACUGAAAUUAGGUCUCAACCAAGAUAGAUCAAGGUCAUCGAUAAUCCUAGGAUUAUCAGGUAGAUUGGUUAAAGAUAAAGGACAUCCAUUAAUGUUUGAAGCAUUACAACAGCUCUUCUUAGAGAACUCGACAUUUAAGGAGACUGUGAUCGUCCUAAUAGCUGGAAAUGGUCCAUGGGGUGAUCGAUACAAAGAGCUAGGACCAAAUGUGAUGGUUUUAGGACCACUAGAACGUGCUCAAUUGGCGGAGUUUUACAAUGCAAUAGAUAUAUUUGUACACCCAACUUUACGAGCUCAAGGUUUAGAUCAAGUACCAUUGGAAGCAUUUUUAACAGGUAAGCCUGUGAUGGCGACAAAACUAGCAAGUUUUACUGGUUCUAUUAUUGUCAACGAAGAUAUGGGAUACACAUUUUCACCUACAGUAAGUGAAUUGAAGAGAGUUUUGUAUGAAGUUUGGGAAGGGGGAAAGAAAAAUUUGGAGAAAAAAGGCGGGUUUGCUAGGGAGAGAGGGUUGAAGAUGUUUACUGCAACGAAAAUGGUUGCAGCGUAUGAGAGGCUAUUUCUUUGUAUCUCAGGUAACAAUGAGGAAAAACAACAGAAGAACGAAGAUUAUUGUGUCUAUCAACCUCAUCAAGAGAUGGAUUGAUAGGAAUAUGAAACUUUGAGAGUUAAAAUCAAGAGCUCAGUUAGUACUAGAGGUUCAAGUUCUUUCUUGAUUCAUUGUUUAUUCGAUAUGGAUUUUCAUCUUAUAUCGUUCAUGCUCCAGUGUCCAGGACAUGUACUCAUUAUAUGAUAUGGAUCGUCCUUACCUCUUGAGCUAAAUUCUAGGUUAAGUUAGACCUAAAGUAUGUUUUUCUUAAUAUCUUUCAAAAGCUCAACUCAUUUUCCUUAAUUAAGCUUAAAAUAAAAGGAAACUUAACUAUGGAUUCCAACUCAGGUUUCUAUAGAAAAUACUUUCUCCGUUCAUUUUCACUUAAUUAUUAUGGAGUUUGCAUGCCUUUUAAAAUAGUGAUAAAUAUGAAUAUUUUGUUUUAAUAAUUGAUGUAUAGCAUGUAUGAACAUGUUGAGAAAAGAUUUGAGAAAUAAAUAAUUAUGUUGGGGAUAAAAUAAAAAAAUGAUUACGUAAAUUUUUCAAAUAUAUAUUAAAAUAUGGACAAAUUAAAUAGAAUUGACCUCCUAACCUCUCUUUGGUUUUAUCAAAUUAGUAAAUUUAUUACUCUUUUUUUUUUCUUCAGAUUACACACUUUUCAAGUAAUGGCACAUGUUAACAUUGAAAAUGGUAUUGAAGACUAUUGCGCUAAGAUGAUAUAUAUUUAUUUAUACAAUGUUUGAUAUUAAAAUAAGUAAAAUCCUUUUGGCCUGAAUUUAGGCGAAACUGAUAUUUUGCCAAUGUUAUUUUAUUUUUUUUAGAUAUUUUUAUCCUUUUAAUUUUAAUAUUUUUAAAUUAAAAAAUAGAAGGAAAAAAACUCAAUUUAUUUUGAAGUAAAAAAGAUAUUAUUAACUUUUAAAAUCUUUGGCCAAAUUCAAGCUAAAUUUUUGGCCAUUUAGCCUUACCCUUAAAAUAAUGUUCAAGGGUUUAAAGACCAAAAUAUGAAAAUUGAGUUGAAAAAUAAUGACCUCUUCGCCCAACAAUAGUUGUCACUGUAUUAUUUUGAAAUGUCUAACAAUACUUGUCCACUUUACAAAUAAUUUUACAUUUAAUUUCUAAUUUAACCUUAUCAUUAAUUAAAGUUAUUUCUUUAUCAUAUUUUUCAAAACAUUAUAUUAUAUUAAAAAAUCCUUAAAAGCUUUAGUUAUUCUCUAAUUCUAAUAUUAUAGAGUUGGACUCAAAUAAUAUGAGCUCAUUUUUCGGCCCAAGAUAUCAGUUUAUCCUAGAGACCUAGAUUUAUGUUAUAGGUAAAAAAUAACAUGUUCUGAUCAAUCAAAUAUCGACUUAUUAUUAUUAUUACUUCUAUGUAGUGAUAACUCUUCUCUCCAACAAUUUUAAAUACGAGUACUCAUCAUAAUCAAAAGCCACAAAUUUCAAGAUCUAAGUUACACUCAAUUAAAUUCAUAUAUAAUGAAUAUCAAGUAUAACUUAUUACACCUAUUCCCAAAAUCAUAAUGAAAUCAAAAGUAUUUAAAAUCACGUUAGAUGAAUUUUGUAAAUGGACAUACUUAUAUUUUCAUAUUGUUAGUAGUAUACUAUAACAUGUAAUAAUUAUAUAUGAAUUAUAACAUAUAUUUUAUUUUAUGCUUCAUUGAACCGUUUAACUUGGAAAAUAACAAGAUCACUCUACAAAUAUUGUUAUAAGAAUCUAUAUAUAUAUAUAUAUAUAUAAUAAAAAAAACUUUAGAAGUAAACAAAAAAAAGAAUAAAAAACAUUUGUUUCCAUUCCACGUCUUCUCUAGU